GUUAUCCAGAGCUGCCUUUGUAGUGGAUACAUCCUCAUCGGACUGGAGCUUUGCGAAAGGUUCUAAGACAAUGAUGGAGGUAAUGACCACUACCCUCUUCUAUAUCAUGAAUACAUCAGAUGUCACUGGAAGUAAUGGCUCUUUGUAUGACGAUGACGAAGAAUAUGACUACAGUGAGCAUGCUGAGCUGAGAAAGUCUCUCAACAUCAUGUCUGUCAUUGUUUACUGCCUGGCCUUCGUUCUUGGUGUGCUCGGGAAUGGAGUGGUUAUCUGGGUGACCGGGUUCAAGAUGAAGAAAACAGUUAACACAGUUUGGUUCCUCAACCUUGCUGUGGCCGACUUCCUCUUCACAGCAUUCCUCCCCCUGAGUGUGACGUACACGGUCAUGGAUUUCCACUGGCCUUUCGGCAACUUCAUGUGCAAACUGAACAGCACCAUAAGUUUUCUGAACAUGUUUGCCAGUGUCUACAUCCUGGUGGUGAUCAGUGUGGACAGAUGUGUGUCUGUGGUGUCACCCGUCUGGGCCCAGAACCACAGAAGCGUGCGCAAGGCGUCUUAUGUGAGUCUAGGUGUUUGGGUACUGGCUCUGAUUCUAAGCGCUCCGUACUUCGUCUUCAAGGACACUUCACCGUAUAGUGAAGACGUCAUCAACUGCUUCACCAACUAUGGUCUCUCUGACGAUUAUGAAACACCAUCUGUGAUUGAGCUGCGACAUUUCCGUCAUCAGGCCAUGACCAUCACCCGCUUCCUCCUGGGAUUUGUUGUUCCCUUCACUGUCAUUGUCUCCUCUUACGCUGUGAUAAUCCAUCGUCUCAGGAGGAACCGCCCCCUGUCCAGCCAGUCAAGUCGCCCCUUUAAGAUCAUCGCUGCCGUUAUCACCACUUUUUUCCUGUGUUGGGCUCCUUAUCACAUCAUGGUUCUAAUUGAGAUGGUUAAUCACACAGCAAAUCAUUCAAAUGAAAUAUUAACCCAUGUCACUGUUAUCGGCAUCCCUAUAGCCACCAGCUUGGCCUUUCUCAACAGCUGUCUGAACCCACUGCUGUACGUGUUCAUGGGCCAAGAUUUUAAGGAUAAAGUCCGUAAAUCCAUCCUGAAUGUAUUGGAGACUGCCUUCCAGGAAGAGGUUUCUCGCUCUUAUACUUACACAAACUCAAUGGUCACCAGUCGGAGUAAAGAGAAGUCAGUUUCUGAUGCCGAGGUAUAAGGUUGUCCACGAUAUGAAUAAACAAAUACUGUAACUGUACAUAGCAAAUGUAACUGUAUAUAACAUAUAACUUCUUUUUUUUUAGCUCUUUUUGUUGUUUAAUAACGGAUCCUCCAAACAAUAUCUGCGUAAUCUGAGACUGGAAUAUUUCACCUGUUAUAAUUUGAUUGAUAUGAGUUUUAUGAUUGGCUAACCUGUCAGUUAUAAAAAAUAAAAAAAGCGAGAGAGAGAUCUGCGUCAUUGUAGAACUGACUCAGUGAUAUU